UGUCACGUCAAGAUGGCAAACACCUGCGGGGCAGAGCCCGAUGCCGAGGACACAGCCGAGACUGAAGAUGCCAUCUACGAGGAGGUGAUGCCCUGCGACAGGAUGGAGCUGAGUCAGCGGCUGGCCGUGGAGGAGCUCAUCACCACUGAGGCCAGCUAUGUCCACAACAUCCAGCUCUGCGUGUUGGAAAUCCGGGCACACCUCCAGAAGAAGCAGCUGCCUGAUCUUGACCUGGAAGGACUCUUCUCUAACACUGAUGACAUCCUCCAUGUCUCCAGACGGUUCCUGAAGGGUCUUGAGGCCAUGGCCACCCAGAAGGACGAGCAGCUGCUCUGCAUCAGUGCCCUGUUCCAGGAUUUCAAGGAGGAGAUGGAGACCGUUUACAAGAUCUACUGUGCCAGCUACGAGCAUGCUCUUCUGCUGGUGGAGAGCUACCGCAAGGACCCCAGGCUGCAGGAGGAGAUUUUGGAGACUCUGAAUACAACAGUGCCUCACACGGGCGCAUCGGACCUCAGCUUCUUCCUGGUGAUGCCAGUGCAGAGGGUCACCAAAUACCCGCUGCUGCUGGGGAAGAUCCUGGAGAACACCCCUACCAGUGCCAGCGCCUACCCGGCCUUGCAGGCAGCCGUCCGCGCCAUGGCCCAGGUCAACGCCAACAUCAACGAGUACAAACGGCGCAGAGAAGUAGCAACCAAAUACAACAAGGCCGAGCACCUGACGCUGCGGGACCGCUUCGCACGCCUCAACACGCACUCCAUCGCCAAGAAGACCACACGGCUGAGCCGGCUCUUCAUGCAUGAGGCUGGCAUCGUGGCCAAGACAGAAGACAGGGAGUAUGAUGUCCUGGAAGAGAAGUUCCAGUGCGUGGUGUCCAGUGUGGCUGUGCUGAAGGAGAACGUGGCAUCCUACCUGGGCCAUUUAGAGGCGUUCCUGUUGCCCACCCCACACAAGUGUGAGCUGCAGAUCAAUGAGGGACCUGCCCAGCAGUACCACCGCUUUGCAGAAUACCUCCAUUGCACUGUUUUCCCAGAGUUUAAGCGACGGCUGGACAGGCUGGUCUGCCAGCCCCUCUGCAGCCUCUCAGACAUGCUGGUGGGGCCACAACAGCUGGUCAAGAAGCGCCUGGACAAACUGCUGGACUAUGAGGAGAUCCAGGAGCGGAAGAGCGAGAUGGGCAGCGUGACAUAUGAUGAGGAGGCAGCCAUGAACACCUACCUUGCCAUCAAUGCCCUGCUCGUGGCUGAGCUCCCGCGGUUCAACCAGGCGGCUCUGCAGCUCCUGCGGCAGAUACUGUGCUCCCUCAGCGCCCUGCAGCGGGACUUGGCUGCCCAGGUCCUGCACCGGGCCGAAGAGGAGCUAGAGCAGAUGCCCCAUGGCCACAUGCCUCUGCCUGGUUUCUGGCAGAUGGUGGAAGACACCUUGCAGCACUCUGGCGCUCAGCUCCGUACCUUCUGCCAGACGUUUGAGACAGUCACGCCGAGCCCUGUGACACAGCCUCUGAACCCUGCCGAGGAGCGGAAGGUCCUUUCCCUUGUGAGCAAGCACGGCCCAGACAAACUUUACCAAGUGACAAGCAACAUCAGUGGCAGCAAAGACUUGGACCUGACCUUGCAAAGGGGACAGAUUGUAGCUCUGCUGCAAAGUGUGGACACUAAGGGGAACACGAGCAGAUGGCUGGUGGAUGCUGGAGGUCCCCGAGGGUUUGUGCCUGCUGGAAAACUCCAGCCCUAUUGCCCGGUACAAAGCCAGCAGCCUGAGAUGCAGAUGCCACCCCUGGAGAGCAGCACAGAGAGAAGGCGACAUUCGUAUGUGUCACCUGAAGCUCCCAGGCCCCAGCUGGCCACCUUCACCCCAGCUUUUCAGGUGGUCGCUGGCUUCUCCUUCGCAGCCAGGAGCCCGCAGGAGGUGAGCCUCCAGGCGGGGCAGCCCGUGGUGGUGCUGGAGCCGCACGACAAGAAGGGGAGCAAGGAGUGGAGCCUGGUGGAGGUGAAUGGCCAGAGGGGCUACGUGCCCUCCAGCUACCUGGUGACCAUCCCCGUGCAGGAGCCCACGGGCUGGAGCUUGCCUGUGUGA